AUGGUGUCUUCCCCGGAUAGUGGAGAUGAGAUAGGUGCGAGUUAUCGCCCAGUCCGGAAAAGGACUAGAACCGGCUGCAUUCAGUGUCGCAGCCGCCGUCGCAAAUGCGAUGGGGCACGACCACGAUGCCGUGGUUGUGAAGUGCGAGGCCAAGUCUGUCGAUGGGGACUUAAGGCAUCGUUCCAUCCCUCGCGUGCAAUUAGUUUGUCACGUUGUGAAGCGGCUUCAUUGCGUGAAGUAGAGGAAGGGCGAGGGAGGAGCUCGAGUCGGCAUCAGCAAUUCGUUGAUGAGACCAACAUCAUCAUCGAUGGAUACUCGACACCUGAUCACCCUUCCUGCGGGCCUCACCUUCCAGCUCAAGAUGAAUCUUCACCUAGCCAUGUCUCUCGCCCACCCUCACAGCCGAUUUCUGGAGAAUUGAGCAUUGCCGAUCUUUUUACACAGCGAAACCUGCCGGCUUCUGACAUACCAGCAAGCCCAAGCGGUAACCAUGAUCUACCCCCGCUCAUUCAGUCCCAGCAAUUUCAUUCAGUGUCCGGGCCUACGGCGACGGAUACACAAACUCAUCUAUACCCUUUCUUGCUAGGCCAGGCAAGAUCAAAGGACGCAACCCCGCAACCAGUGCCACAAUUUCCAGUCACAGAUGGGGAAAAAUUUCAACUUAUUUCCGCUUUUAUACGGGAGACGGGUACCUGGUGCGAGACAACUGACUCCCAAAUGCACUUCACCGUGAAAAGCAUUCACGAGAUGAUGAAAUCAUCCUCAUUUGUCGCUGCUGCGCUAUCACUCGCCUCCCGCCAGCUAGAUUAUGUUCUUAUGCGACAACGGCCCGUGACAUUAGAGCUUUACCAGUUUACUAUUCAGUUGCUCCUCGGCCAAGACCCCGUUCGAGCCGACACGUCCAUUUUGGCUACUUGUACUCUUCUCUGCGUUUACGAAAUGAUGGCCUCGCGAGUCGAAGAAUGGAGACGGCACUUGAAAGGCUGUGCGGGAUUUCUGCGGGCCCAAAGAUGGAACGGGUCUAGCGAAGGUAUAGUGAAGGCGAGCUUCUGGGCCUUCGCUCGAAUUGACGUAUGGGCAGCCUUCAAUAGCGGCAAAGCGACGUUAAUCCCAACAGAGUCUUGGAAGGGAAAUGAGGGCAGCUGGAUUAAAAGCCUCCAUUUGCACCCUUUGGAACGAAAUGCAGAGGUGGUACCAGCUGCGACCAUCAGAGGUCUGUCCGCUUCUAAGAGAUUUCCUCCCACAAAGGUUUUUCCAGAAGCGCUAUAUAUAAGAUCUGCUCCUAACUGCGGCAAUACAUUCUACCAUUCAGGCUGUAUGCUGCUUCUACAGACCGGCCUCGUUACACAGGGACCGGAACAUCUAUAUGCAUCUUUUAAAGAAGAAACUGGUAAUAUUAUCUGGCACGCACGGGAACUGGUCGGAAUCUCCAUUUCAAACCCGUCUCAUGCCAACUGGGUUAAUCAGCUUCAACCGUUGUUCAUCGCCGGGACAGUAUUUGGAAGUUCCGUAGCCUCCCCAUCCGUCCGGGAUACUCUGUCCGUGUCUCCAGGUGAUGCACCGUCGGCCGCUGAAAAUCACGAUUUUGAUGAGUUCUGUUCUGAAAAAAUCCUAUUAUUAAAACAUCUAGCUAGAAUUGAGCGUGAGACGGGCUGGAAGACCUCGGAUCGGGCCGCUGAGCUAAGAAUGCUUUGGGGAUUUGUGUGA